GAUACGGGAUUACUUUCCGAUAAAAAUGAACUAAUUAACAUCUGUCAAUUAAUGUAAAUAGUUGGUUUAUCUCUGCUCGCUUGUAUAUUUUCUCUUGAUCAUUUGUUCUUCACGCAGAAAUCAAAUGGCAAAUUUUAGAAAAACUCUUGAUUUCCAGAGGUUACACAAAGGACAAGUUUUUAGGAAGCUUAGUAUCAAACAGUGGCUUUCGAAAUGGGAUCGAACAAUUGCUGCUAUUACAGCAAUUAUAAUUUUUUUCAUGUUGCUGAGCUUCGUUAUCGUGAAUAUUGAAAAUGAGAAUGAAAUCAAUGUGGAAGACAGUAACAACAUUUUCAACCAAUACAACAAUCAACUUUUAAAUAAAAAUUCAGAAAUAUGUAUUAUUUCGGAAAAUACAAAAGUAACCUGUACAUCUGCAAAAAGUGAAGAACUCGUGCAGAACAUAAAUACAGCCAUAGAAGAAAAACCAGUUAAAAACUACAAUGAUUUAAACCUGGUAAAAAUCACCUUUAAAAAUAACAAAAUCGAAAAGGGUUGGCUGGAUGGAAUUAAGUUAAAUUUAACGACAUUGACUAUAACAAAUUGUCAGUUAUUUGAGUUGGGAGAGAAAGCGUUCAGUGGUGAUGUUUUUAACAAUUUAAAAACGUUAACAAUAAGCGAUACCGUAAUAAACACAUUUAGAAGAAACAUUUUUGAAGAAUCACAAAUAACCACAUUACGAAUCAAUUAUGGAACCAUGGUGGGAUCAUCGUUUGAGGAAAAUGCAUUUGGAGCUUUGGAACAAACACUUAAUACACUUCAACUGCAAGGAUGUUUGAGUCAUAAUGUUUUGCUUAAUAUAACAGGUCCUCAAACUUCACUAACCUCUUUAAGUGUUUUGGAUCUGCGGAAUAAUAAUUUAGGGAAAAUACAAGCAUCCAGUUUUUCAAAAACGCCAAACUUGAAGCAACUAUUCAUGUCAGAUUCAAUGAUCACAGAAAUAGAACCUAACACGUUUGAUUUUCUAUAUCUAAAGAUGUUAGAUUUAAGGAACAAUAAAAUGACAAUACUGCCAGAACAUAUUUUUGACUACGUGGAAAGAGGAAUUUCAAUUAAUUAUAACCCCUGGAUGUGCAACUGUGAAUUAUUAUGGUUGAAAGACUUGUUUGAACUUAACACCGAGUUGUUUACAGAUGAGUUUUAUUGUUCCACUUCCGAGGGAUCAAAAUACUAUAAAGAUGUUGAUUUUUGCUCUGAUACGAAUUCAACAGAGGUUAGUCUAACACUAGAACCAACAACUACACCUCGGCUCUCAGCACAAAUAGUAUUACGUAAUGAGGAAGAUAGUACUCUUACUUCAGAUCUUGAAGAACCAACAGAUGUGUACGAGGUUUUUGUUCGCAAGGGACGAGUUACGAUGAACUUCACACAAACUGCAGAUUCUUACCACAGAUAUACCUUGACUAUAAAAGGCGAUAUAAACAAUCAAUCAACACUUUGGGGGCCCAACACCUCUACUAUUGGGUGUCCUAAGCCCAUAAUUGGAGGACUCCAAUAUGAAAUUACAGUCAGCAACGAAGGAACUUACUUAUUCUGUUUUUUGGAACCUUCUCAAGAUACAGCCUCACCUUUUGAUUGCAGUGCUUUAACAACACCACCUGCACUGGAAGACCAAACCUGGAUCACUAACAAAUUAAAAAUGCCGUUAAUUAUUGCUAUUGGUGGUUCGCUACUUGCUGCUGUUUUGAUGAGUGGGAUAAUAGUGUUCUAUUGCAUACGACAACAUCCUAAUCUCAUCAAAGGAAAUAAGCGUGUGAUAAUGGUGGAGAGUCAAGCUGCAGAUGCGAUUGUCAUGCCAAAGACAUACGACGAAGUUAACUACAGACCACCGUCAUUAAACAGUCGCAGUAAUGGUUAUUUAACCCCAAGAUACAACCGGGUUUACAAUCCACAACAUGUGAGAACAGUUUCGGAACAUACUGCGUUCGUUAUACCGACAGAAAGUUGUAAGAAAGGGCAUUAUAGAAGAAGGACACGUGUAGAACAUGUUACGGAAUCUUUUAAUGACCAUGUGUAUGAACCUCCACCACCGUUACCACCCAAUCAUCCUUCGGAAAUGAGAAAAUUUGACCGCAUGAAUUAUAGCAGACAAUAGAAUUCAUAACUGUUAACCCCAUAUUAAUCAAAUAAAUAAACGUUAUUACAGAUAA